AUGUCAGAAUUCGCAUUCCGAAAAAUCAACAUAGACGCAUUGGAGGAAGAUGUGCUUCUUCCUUCAGAUCUAUAUGACCCUGAUCCAAGAGGUGAACAAGAUGUUCUAAGUGAUGCUCAACAGAAAUCUAGUGAAGUCAGGAAUCUGAUCUCUAGAGGUGAUAUAGCCGGAGCAUUAAAUACGGUAUUGUCUGAUCCACCUUAUGGUGAAGGUGUAGAUGAAGCCAAGGAUCUCACCAAAAAUUCCCUUCUCUUAAUCCUUAAUUCAACUCGAGCGUCUGAAAUCCAAGGUAUCCUCAAAAGCUUAGGUCAAGAACAACAAGAUCAUCUUAUGGCAUAUAUCUACAAAGGUAUGGCAGCCAUAGGUCAAGGAAGUGAUGUAUCAGGAUCAGUACUGUUGAAUUGGCAUGCUCAGCUCACAGAAGUAGCUGGCGUAGGAUGCAUAGUCAGAGUAAUGACUGAUAGACGGACUCUCUAA